CUCACACACAUGGUGGGCACUUGAACUGCCAAAUAGCCUUUGGCGUAUUUUUCCAAAACCAGAGCUAAAAGGAGUGGAGUUUUGCUUGCUCAGAAGAGGUUAGGAUCAAAUUGUUUCAAAGAUAUGGAGCACAAGCACGUUUUGCUGUCAGCAUUGGGUGUUGGGGUUGGUCUCGGAGCAAGCCUUGGGUUGAGCUCAGGGCUUGGAGGGAAUCACGAGUCUGGUGAUGAGCUUUAUGGUGAACAGAUUGAGCAGGAGCUUUUGAGGCAGGUGAUCGAUGGAAAGGAAUGCAAAGAAACUUUUCAAGAGUUUCCGUCUUACUUGAGUGAAAGAACUCGAGAGUUAUUGAAAAGUGCUGCAUCUGUUCAUUUAAGACAAACUUUCUUUUCCAAACACACUCGGAACCUUUCACCAGCAAGCAGGGCAAUUCUGCUUUCGGGACCUGAAGAAUUGUACCUACAAACGCUUGCCAAGGCUUUAGCACAUCAUUUUGAAUCGAAGUUGCUGCUACUAGAUGUACCUGACUUCUCUUUCAAGAUACAGAGCAAAUACGGAUAUGCAACAAAAGAAUCAUCUUCUAAACCGUCCUUAUCUGAGGUGGCUUCCGAGAGAGUGUCUGGUUUGCUUGGUUCCUUUUCAGUCCUCUCUUCAAAUGACAAAACUAAAGGCACUCUUGACAAACACGGUAAAGCUACUGAAAGUCCCAAUAUUAAUUCAAAGCUUCACGGGACUCCUGGUUCCCAGUCUGCUCCAGCAAAUUCUGUUCCCUCGAAGCAGAAAAGCAGCUUGUGUGUCAAUGAAAAGCUCUUUAUGCAGUUGCUUUUUAAGGUCUUGGUUUCUGUGUCAGAAAAGAGUUCCAUCAUUUUGUACAUCAGGGAUGUUGACAAGAUUUUCCUCCAAUCAGAGCAACUGUAUAACUUGUUUCAUGAAAUGCUAGGGAGACUUCCAGGGCCAGUGCUGAUUCUUGGUUCCAAGAUCGCGAACAUACCCAAAAAACCUGAUCUCCCGCCAUGGAUGCUUCCGCCUCCAAAAGUGAAUAAACGUUCAAAGGUUGAUGAAAGGCUCGCAGCGUUAUUCCCUUACAUCAUUAAGGUCAAACCACCAGAAGAUGAAACCGAUCUUGAAGAUUGGAAAGCCCAACUGGAAGAGAACAAGAAAACAAUUAAGUCUCAAGAUAACAGGAACCACAUCGCUGAAGUACUGGCAGCAAGUGAUGUUGAAUGUAGAGACUUGAAUUCAAUCAGCCAUGACGACACAAAGAUACUGAGUAAAUAUAUUGAAGAAAUUGUGGUAUCUGCAAUAUCUCACUACUUAAUGAAUACCAAGGAUCCAGAAUAUCGGAAUGGAAAGCUUGUGAUAUCAUCUGAGAGUUUGUGCCAUGCUUUGGAUCUAUUUCGCAAAAAGAAAAGUAACAACGAUGGAAAGAAGCAAGUGAAAAAUGGAAAGAAGGAUGUUCGUCCGGACAGUAAGCAUGAGAGGCACAUAAGAGAUGAACUUAUCCCCGCGAAUGAGAUAGGUGUCACAUUCUCAGAUAUUGGUGCACUGGAGGAAGUUAAGGAAUCACUACAAGAGCUAGUCAUGCUUCCACUUCGAAGACCAGAGCUCUUCAAAAGUGGACUUCUUAAGCCUUGUCGAGGCAUAUUGCUCUUUGGACCUCCAGGUACUGGAAAAACAAUGCUUGCAAAGGCAAUUGCAAAUGAAGCAGGAGCUAGUUUCAUCAAUGUCUCCAUGUCUACCAUCACAUCAAUGUGGUUUGGAGAAGCUGAGAAGCAUGUCCGUGCUCUGUUCUCUCUAGCUGCAAAGGUUUCUCCGACUAUCAUUUUCAUUGAUGAAGUUGAUAGCUUGCUCGGGCGACGAUCAAGAUGUGGAGAGCAUGAGGCUACGAGGAGGAUUAAGAAUGAAUUCAUGACCCAUUGGGAUGGUCUAUUGACAAAACAACACGAGCGUAUUCUAGUUCUUGCUGCCACCAAUAGGCCAUUUGACCUUGAUGAUGCAAUCAUAAGACGGUUUGAGCGAAGAGUCAUGGUUGGUCUGCCAUCUGUCGAGGCUAGGGAGAUUAUCUUGAAAACUCUACUGGCUAAGGAAAAUACUGAAAACUUAGACCUCAAAAAGGUUGCAGUCAUGACAGAGGGAUAUACUGGAAGCGACCUCAAGAAUUUGUGCACUGCUGCUGCUUAUCGACCUGUUAGGGAGCUCAUAAAGCAGGAGAAAUUGAAGGAUAUGGAAAAGAAUAAGAAAGAGGCUGAAGGCCAAAGCUCCGAAGCUGCUUCAAGUGCCAAAGAGGAUACAGAAGAACAAGGUAAGAAUAAGAAAGAUGCCGAAGGCCAAAGCUCACAAGCUGCUUCAAGUCCCAAAGAGGGCCCAAAAGAGCAGGACAAGAAUAAGAAAGAUGCUGAAGGCCAAAGCUCAGAAAGUGAUAAGGAGGACAAAGAAGAGCCAGUAAUUACCUUGAGGCCCAUAAAUAUGGAAGACAUGAUUCAGGCUAAGAAUCAGGUUCCUGCAAGUUUUGAUGGUCACGGGGCGAUUAUGCAUGAAUUGAGGCAGUGGAAUGAGCUGUAUGGAGAUCGAGGUUCUCUGUAGAAAUGACACCUACUUUAAUGUAUUUCAGCUAAUAUCCUCGUUUGCAGAUCAUUUGAGUAACUUUUAUUGAGAAAAACAUCCGUCAUUUUGAGGCCUAUGCUUGGAGGGCUGUUCCAAGAUGCUGUCUGCCACUGUUUUAAGACUCAUAAUAAGAAAUAAACAGUAAGUAUGAGCUUUGUUCAUGUGAGUGUUUAGGCACAUUGAAUAGCUUCCUGAUCUCGUUGGGAUUCAGAGUGGAAAGCAUGGCCGUAAACGAAAAAUAUUUGCUGUGAACCCAAAUCCCUGUGGGAAAUUUCUGCAUUGGAAAAGGGGAAAGAGAUUAUACUUGUAUUGAAUCGAGACAUCACUGAUUGUUUAGUCACUAAGGAACUUACAUAUCUACAGUGUGAGGAGCUUCUAU